GCGGCAGGAGGAGCUGCAGCUGCAGCAACAAGUCUGUUUGCUUCAUGCCUCUGUGCCUAAGUUACAAUACAGGGAAGAUCCCCAAAUUGGCUCUCUUAGGACCUAUUUUGACAAUCCAUGACUCCCAGAGUAAUGCAGCAGAAGGCCUUUGAGGAAAGCAGAUAUCCCUGGCAGGAGUCCUUAGAGAAUGUUGCUGUGUGCCUGCCAUUCCGCUGCCCGAGGUGUGGAGACCACACCAGAUUCAGGAGCCUGUCGUCCUUGAGGGCCCAUCUGGAGUUCAGUCACAGCUACCAGGAAAGAACCCUGCUGACAAAAUGCAGCCUCUUCACCUCCCUCAAAGACACAGACCUUGUCACUUCGGUGGAACCGCUGAAGCAGGUGAAGUUACAGAGCAGUGGCAGCGUGGUGAAGCAGAAGCCGAGCUAUGUGAACCUGUAUAGCAUUUCCCAUGACCACUCAAAGGACAGGAAGCCAUUUGAGGUGGUGGCGGAGAGGCCUGUGUCCUAUGUGCAGACCUAUACUGCGAUGGACCUGCGUGCAGACUCGCUGGACGGACCACGGUCGAGUCCUGGACUUCCCACCUCUGACACCAAAGCUGCUUUUGAGGCCCACGUCCGAGAAAAGUUCAACCGCAUGGUGGAGGCUGUGGAUAGGACCAUUGAGAAGCGCAUCGAUAAACUCACCAAAGAGUUGGCUCAGAAAACUGCCGAGCUCUUGGAAGUCCGGGUGGCUUUUGUGCAGCUGACGCAGAAAAAGCAGGAAGUUCAGAGGCGAGAGCGGGCCCUGAAUAGACAGGUGGACGUAGCGGUGGAGAUGAUCGCCUCGCUGAGGCAACGCCUGACGGAAUCGGAAGAAGAGCUGCUUAGGAAAGAAGAAGAAGUGGUUACAUUCAAUCAUUUCCUGGAAGCAGCAGCCGAGAAGGAGGUCCAAGGGAAAGCUCGACUCCAGGACUUUAUCGAGAAUCUGCUGCAAAGGGUAGAACUGGCAGAAAAGCAGUUAGAGUAUUAUCAGAGCCAGCAGGCCGCCGGCCUCUGCCGUGACAUCACUGAGCACGUGCGUAUGGAUAUCUCCUCAAAUAAGAAAAUCAAAUGUCUAAGCCGAGGGCAUGCGCAUUGUGUGUGUAACCACUCUGAUCUCAAGGCCCACUUCCAUCCAAAGGGAAGGAGCUGCCUGAGGAAAGCCAGGGAGGACAGACCCGGCAUGCAGCCUGCUAAGUCCAUGCAUGAACAGACCGAGGCCUCCAGAGAACUGUGCAGACCACCGAAGAAAGGGGAGCCCCUGGGGUUCAGCCGGAAAGUCAACAUCAGGCCAAAAAUGGCUAAGAAAAAGCCCACCGCCAUUGUGAACAUCAUUUAAAAGGGUGGGUGACCCAAACCACGUCUCUGGGAUUUUGAGAAUGUUGUUCCGGGGCCGACAAAAACCCAUAGUAAGACACCGUGGGACGAUCCUACAGUAAGACACAUUGGGUGGGAAAGCAAUGGGGCAUCGUGCAUUUAUUUUCUGUCUGAACAAGAACCUUGAUUAACCAGAAUAUGCUACCAGAAUCUCGCUGAACCAUCACAUUUUGUUACAGACCCCAAGGAGAAGUGAGAGACCAAUUAUAGAAAGAAUAAAACUAUGAAGCACCCUUCUCCCAAAGUGUGCAUAAAACAAAGCCCGGCUUCUGGAAUAAUGAGCCUAACCUCUAGUUAUCCGGGGUUUCAUACAGUGGUCAUUGAUUCGCAGCCCCACGGUCCCAUAAGAAAUCAGAAACUAGGAGAAAACCCAUCUCUGCUCACGGUUGUCUUCAUUGCAAGGCAAGGGAUUGGCAUGUAAAGUUCUACAAUAGCCAUAACCAAUAGUGUUUACUAUUAACUUUCCCCUCAAUAAAUGUGAAUCCUCCCACCCUCCUCCUCCUCCAAAUCAGGACUCCUGUUCCCCACAAGUAUUCUGGUCUAAUCACUGAGUUGCUUACGAGACUCAUUCAUUCUGACUUCGAUUUUUCUCAUUUCAGAGGACCAUCAUUCAGCUGGUUUGAUGUAGAAUUUUAAUUUUCCUCCAGGCAUGGUUAUUCAGACUUUAGAAUAUCUCUGCUCUCUCCUUUACCUGAAAAUUCUGCACCCCUAAGGCCACAGUGCCAGCCUGCAUCUAACUUGCUGCUGUGGUGGCCGUUUGUGGGGAGGAGAGGAUAACCCUUCUGGCCAACAUGCCUCACCCAAUCUGAGUGAUUGGAAUGCCUGCGCGUUGCCCCGUGGGAAACCUGCUACCUGGUCCUUUUCCCAGCCCUGCUUCUUGCGCAGCGUUGGGGGACUCUCCCUAGCUGUGGGCAGGACCUCCUCUUGGCUGGCCUAACUCCUCCACCAGCGGUGUGCUUUAUCUCCCGCCACGUCCCUGCCCUGUGAUGGCCAAGAUAUCCCUCCUUAACCUUUCAGCUAACUACCUGAAAUGUUUACCAUCUACUACUUUCCAAAGUAAUUUCUAAUCAGGCCUGUGGGAUCCAGAACCUGGAUGGUCCCCCCUUCACGCUCCAAAUGGCCUUUGUUUUCACAAAGCAUUGUUAAGUACUUCCUGCUGUAAGAUUUUCUUCCGGAAGGAAUUCUCGUAUUCCUUUUGCUUUUCUUUUUUCUCAAUUGGCUUCAGGUCUCAUGCAGGGUUUUGAAGAGAUGACAUUUUUCUUGAAAUAAAUCAAUUUUGUCCACAAAUAUAUAGGAGGGGGGCUUCAAAAAAAUUGUGGAGGAAUUCUAUUAUUUUUCUUUAGAAAAGUGAGUGGAGAAAUUGAAUGAAAAGAUAAUGGAAUUCUUCCAUAGACUUUUUGAACACUCCCCCUUGCACAUACAUGCAUACAUGUAUAUAACACACGUAAAAUAUAUAUGUCAAGUAUAUUAAUGAUUUAUUUUUAAAUGCUCAUGAAAAAGGUGUGUGUUUGUGGUGGGUGGGUUUAAACUCCAUCUGUUAGUUCAUGUAAACAGAAAAUUCUCUUAUGUUAAAAAUUAAGAGUGUAAUCUAAUUAGCAUUAGUAGAAUUAUAUUAUUGCAAUAAGCAUCAGAUUAGCAGUAUGUUAAAAAUAGGUAAUAGAACAAUUAAGAUGUCAGUAAAUUCAAAGAUAUAAUUUAUAUAAACAUUUUGAACCACUCAUAGUGAGAAUACUGAUUUUGAAUCUUCACUUUGACUUUUGGGGUGGACCCAUCGUGUGCUGUGUGGGUCACUAUCGAGUGGGAGAAAAGACAUUGCUGUGAAUAUCACUGUUUAGGCUAAUAUUAUUAAAAAUUGUAAUGUUGAAAUUAUUUAUUUGGAAAGUUAUCGACUUCAGAGAUUAUUUAUUACAUGGAUGUUUAUACCAGGAUUGCACUUUAGCCUUUUGCAUAUGAAAAAACACGACACAACCAGAGACCAUCUUAUUGGUUGUCCUGCAUGCUGUUUGUCCUGUAACGUGGGUAUGAUGUCAACUUGGUUUUGAAGACGGUCACCAGAUUGUUUUGUUCAUUGGCUUUAUUUAAUCUAACUUUCAUCGUCAGUUCUAAAAUAAUAUGCCUAGAGGGCCAGAUAGCCCUCUUCCACGGUGGUCCCCAGUGGUCUUCAGAAAGCUCCAUGAUGCCAUGUCUAAUUUCUACACAUUAUAUAAGACAAACAACUUUGAGAAUUACAUAUGCUAUUUUUAAAAUGAACAUUCCAAGUAAAUUCUGAGCCACCUAAGAAGCAAUGUGUCAUGUACGUUUGCUUCCUUUGAAGCAUAGAUUGAUUACUGAAAGAUAGGAGCUGGCUCACUCUAAGGAAUAUUCCAGGGACACACUAUGUCCCUAGCCAAGUCCCAUGUCCUACUGUGUGUCUUAUUACAGAAGUUUUUCUUGGUCCACACAUGUGGUAGACUUUACAGAAGUUCCUUUUUUUUUUAAAGAAAAUCGCCAAAGUUCCUGGGAUGGAAAGCAUGUUCAAAAUUACACUGAGAAAUAGAUGUAAUUUUAUUAUUUGUUUUAAAGGGAAGCAAUCUUUGUUUGAACUUUCUUUGACUUCCUCCCCCGGAACUAGGUUACAGAUUCUUAACAGCAGCAUUCAAAUUGCUUAGAUUCUGUUUGCCAGUCAUCUGCAGGGCCAGUUGAUUGUACAAGAGUUGGACAUUCUGUUCCCAGAAUUUAAAAAAGUUUUUAGAUGAUGAAAUAUUCUAAUAAUAAAGCUAUAUUUCUGCCUAA